GUGGGGGGUGGGGGGGUGACUGGCUGGGUGGCUGCAGUCUGGCGCCGGCUCCAGUCACAAGCGGGUAAAUGUCAGCCCAGAGACGUCAGCGCUGCCAGGAUGGCCCCGCAGAGCUGCUGACAUGAUCAUUCCGCGGGGGUCCGGGCCGCCGAGGACACAGCAGCGCUACCCAGGUGGGGGCAAGAAACCUAACCUGGAUGCCAUGGAGGUACCCAACUACGCCAAACAGCUCCUGAUGCAGCUCAACCGACAGAGGACGAAGGGUUUCCUUUGCGAUGUUAUCAUCGUGGUACAGAACGCUCUCUUCCGAGCUCACAAGAACAUCCUGGCCGCCAGCAGCGUCUAUCUCAAGUCCUUGGUGGUUCACGACAAUCUGGUCAACUUGGACCCCGAGAUGGUCAGCCCUGGGAUAUUCCGCACCAUCCUGGAUUACAUCUACACCGGGAGGCUGACCGAGGGAGAUCAGGGCAGCGAGCAGAACCUGGGAGCUGUCUUAGCCGCCGCCAGUUACCUCCAACUCCCCGACCUGGUCGCCCUUUGCAAGAAGAAACUCAAACGCAAUGGGACCUACUUGCACAUCAGGACAGGGUUCUCAUCCUAUGGGAAAAUCGGCAGAGGCCUUAGGACCUCGACGCCCGUGAUCCAGUCGUGUUAUUCCGUGGCCUCCAGGCUAAUGGACGGCCAACCCAUGGACGUCAUGCACACCAUCAACACACACUCCGGGGAGCUCUAUGCCCCGGCUUCUCAGGCUAAUCAGGCACAUCCCCAGAGGAUAUGUCUGCAAGAUCAGGUCUCCUCACAGAUGCUGGGCCUGGAUCUGUCCAAGAAAAGCCCCGCCGCCCCCUCCUCUCUCCACCAAGACGAGGAGCCCAGGCAGCUCAGCCCAACCACCAUCAGUGCCUCCCUCAUCACCACCAACGGUGCCUCUUACAAGGACCAGCCGCCUCCAGGCAGCGGACAUCAGCUGGACGCGGAUGAGCAGAUGGGGGGACACGAGAAUUAUGUCUUCAGGAGCAGCUUGUCCAACAGUGACUCCAAACUGAGAACUGAGGCUCAGGAGGACCUGCUGAUGGCCAGGUGGCUGAAACAAGAGCCACAUUGUGUGGACGACUGUGACAGGGACAAAGUGGCCAAAUGUGAGCACCAGGACAGGAAGGUGGAGGUGCCCAACACGCAGGUCAGAUACCCCAACCUGGGCUGCGAGGAGGCGGAGGACGAGAAAAGCAGCAGCGAGGACACGAGUAGCGAUGACCCCUGUCCCUCGGGGUUGGACAGGUAUCACUGCAGCCAUGUUGCCUAUGAGCCAGAGAAUUUUGGAGACAACCUUUACGUCUGUAUCCCCUGCGGUAAGGGCUUCCCCAGCUCGGAGCAGCUCAACGCCCACGUGGAGAGCCACACAGAGGAAGACUUGUUCCACAAGGAGGUGGCCGACCAGACCAGUACGCCUUUCCUGGACAAGUCCAACCAGACAUUGGGAGAGAUCAUCAGGCCUUACAGAUGUACUUCCUGCGAGAAGUCCUACAAGGACCCAGCGACCCUCAGGCAACACGAGAAAACCCACUGGCUGACCCGGCCUUACCCCUGUAACAUUUGCGGGAAGAAGUUCACCCAGAGAGGCACCAUGACCCGGCACAUGAGAAGCCACUUGGGCCUCAAGCCUUUCGCCUGCGAGGCGUGUGGGAUGCGUUUCACCCGCCAGUACCGUCUGACCGAACACAUGAGGAUCCACUCGGGAGAGAAGCCUUACGAAUGUCAGAUCUGCGGGGGCAAGUUUGCGCAGCAGCGGAACCUGAUCAGCCACAUGAAGAUGCACACCUCCGGCCCCGACCUCAAACCAAAGAUGGACUUCACAGAGAACGUUUACCCUUUGGCCAAAUUCGCCGCCGAGCACCUGGGCAUCAACCAAGAGAAAGCGGCCGAGAUCCUCUCUCAGGCCUCUCACUUGACCAACAACGACUCCAAAGCUAUAGAUGUUUACUCUCCACCUUAAACAGGCCCCAAGCCACCAUCACCCCCACACCCCCACCCCCACUCCCUUGAGCACUGCUCUACUUCUCACUGAGAGAGGAGGAGAGACUAUAUCUUCUCACUAUUGGCUAAGAUGGUUCCUCAACAUCAACUGAAAAAAGAGCCCAACUUAGGCUAGGUGCAAUCUUCCGUUUUUUUUGAAAACCACUAAUUAAUUGAGUGUAUUGUCUUGAGGGGGGAGGGCAGUCGGUUGGGUGUUUGGUCUCAGGAGCAGUUGUUGGACAGUGUUGGGCAGAAAAGCACUGCUGUGACAAUAGUGAGAGACACUGUGAUUGUGAGCUUUGGGAGUUCAGGGGCACAGAAGCUGCUGAGACCUUGUGGGGUGGGGGGGAGGAAGGGGAGGGGAGGGGAGAAGGAGGGGAGAGAGAGAGAGAGAGAGAGAGAGAGGUGAACAGGAACUUUAAACAGCACUUUUAACCUUUCAUCAUCACUUCGACCAAAGCUGUGGAACCUUUCCCUUUCACGCUGGUUCUUUGCAAAUCCUGGACUGAUUCUGUUUAGUUUGUAAGGGAGAAAGGAGGGAGGGAGGGAGGGAGGGAGAGAAGGGGAAUAUAUCAUAUUUUUUAAAAUAUAAAAAGAAGUUACAAGGUGAGCCGCUGGAGUUACAGAUAGUGUCUGCUUUCCUCUCUGGCCUUGGAUUCCUGUCCUCGAACCGUUCCAAUGUGAAAGUUAGUUGGGACUUUGGGAGAGUUUUCAGAGAAAGAGAGAACUUUAUUGGAGGGACCGGUCAAAAAAAAAACCACUUC